AUGGCAAAUAGUGGUGUUCCCCUCCAAGUUCCAUUGCUCACUAAGAGCAACUAUGACAAUUGGAGUCUUAGGAUGAUGGCUAUCUUAGGAGCACAUGAUGUGUGGGAGAUAGUUGAGAAAGGCUUCAAUGAACCGGAGAAGGAUGGUGGUCUAUCUCAAACUCAAAAAGAUGGUUUGAGAGAUUCAAGGAAGAGAGACAAGAAGGCUCUCUGUCUAAUCUAUCAAGGAUUAGAUGAAGAUACAUUUGAGAAGGUUGCUGGUGCAAGGACGUCCAAAGAAGCAUGGGAGAAGCUUCAGACAUCUUACAAGGGAGCGGAACAAGUUAAGAAGGUACGACUUCAAACUCUAAGAGAAGAAUCUGAAGCAUUACAAAUGAAGGAAGGAGAAUUCAUCUCAGAUUACUUCUCAAGAGUCUUGACGGUUACUAAUAACCUAAAAAGAAAUGGUGAGAAGUUAGAUGAGGUGAGAAUCAUGGAGAAAGUUCUUAGAUCAUUGGAUUCGAAAUUCGAGCACAUUGUUACAGUGAUUGAAGAGACAAAAGACUUGGAGACUUGA